AUGGAGAGCAUCCACGACGACAACUCUGAGGCACAAACCAGGUGGUGCCACAGAGUAAUGACUAGUAGCGAAAAAUUUUACGAGGACGAGUUUCUUAGGAUCCUCUCGGCCUCCGAUGACCUCAAGAAAUUUGCGAAUACCCUAACGUCAGAGUCAGAUAACUUGGUCGAAAUCAUCAGCGACGAAGCAGGCUUGGACCGCGUCAUGAGGAUCUUAGGAAUAUCAGACGAUAUCAACACAAUACUUUUCCAACCAAGACAAAUUCCCCGCGACUAUUGUUACGAUGAUGUAUAG